CUCAGCAACACCCGGAUUCAUUCCCAAUCUCCCUGUCUCUGUCUGAAACUAUCAGAAAAUUCCUCUCAAGACCAUUCCAGAGAAUGUCCGCGCGGACGACCUCCCGCUCGCAGGACGAAAAGACCGUGCGAGAAUGGGGCUUCUCCCAUGUCUUCACGUGGACGGAUGGUCCCCACGCACACUACCCACCCCACUCGCACGGCGGUUUAACCACACACCUGAUCCGCCGCGGGUCGCUGACCAUCACGUAUCCCGAGGACGUGAACCCGACCAAGGAGACAUUUGGUGUGGGCGCUCGCAUCGACGUGCCUGCAGGGAAGGUGCACGAGGUGUGGAUGGGCGAUGAAGGGUGUGAAUACGUUAUUGGAGAGUAGAAUGCAGGACCUGGGGAGAGAUGACCCGUAAACUCGAGCACGUCCGGAAGACACGGUAACCUUUUUACAUUGAUUUGCUUAGUGUGUGGUAUACCACCUAUCGACAUAACGCGAAGCUCAUAACGAAACACUCUCUCUGACCGCGCCGAG